AAACACAUGCAAACCUGCCCCAUCUUGUCUCACACUUUCACUAUAAUAAAUAACUACCCUUUCUUCUUCUUCUUCUUCUUCUUCUUCAUCAUCAAUUCAAAGCUCAAACCACUUCCCAUGGAUUACCAACAUGACUACAAAACUAAAACAACAAACCCCACUUCCCCAACUCCCCUAAAGCUCUUUGGAUUCAACGUCCAUGAAGAAGAACAACAAGAGGCGGUGCAUGAAGAUUUUACUGACUCAACCACCAAGACAGCUUCCUCUACUUCCCCAUCUGGCUCCCCGGACUCCGGCGGCGUCGACGGCGCCUUCCCACCUUCCUCCGGGGACCGGAAAUUCGAGUGCCAGUACUGCGGCAGAGAGUUUGCAAAUUCACAAGCACUUGGUGGGCAUCAGAACGCGCACAAGAAAGAGCGGCAGCAACUCAAGCGUGCCCAGUUACAAGCCACGCGGAACGCCGCCGCAUCAUUCGCUCGAAACCCCAUCAUCUCCGCCUUCACCCCACCGCCGCACCUCCUGGCUCCGCCGGGGCCCGUCAUGGUCCCUACGUGGGCAUACAUGCCGACACGUGGCGACGCCACUCCUCCCUUCCACGCGCCGGUUUCGCACGGUUGUGUGUUCCCGCCGGCGAACCGUAACGGUAUGUGCGGCAGUUAUAAUCAUCAUCAUCAUCAUAACAAUGUAACGGUAACCGGUGUGAAAUCCGCGGGUGCAGGGUUGUUUCCCUAUGGUGGCGUUGUAGGGGAUUCAUCCUCUGCGUUUUCAACGAUGCAGGUACAGGCCCGGGCCCAUAAUGGCAGGAUUGACGGGCCUUCUAUGAGUCAGUUCUCAAAAGUGGAUGGCGGGCCCAAAUUUGAUGAUGCAUGGGGCCUGGACUUGCACCUUGGUCUUGCGCCAGCUGGGCCGUGAUUCCUUGGCUCAGCUUGAAGCCGAGUGAGUUUAGCCGCUUUAUGCGCCGCCGUGGAGAGGAAACUUCACAGCUUCGGAGGCUAUGUGGGUAAACCUCCACUUUAAAGGAAUGUUUUUCGUAAAGAAUCGAGCCAGAAACUUUUUCGUGGAGUGUUCAUGUACACAUACAUUUUUAAGUCUUACGGACCUACCAUACUUUCACUAUGCGGAACCCUUUAGAUUUUAGGAUUGUAUAUGUGGAAUGUGGUGUGUGAUUGCUUAAUGCUUCAGUUUCACAUCUUUGUACAUUUUAAUAUUUAUUUUCAUUUUAGCA